AGCAAAUCCAGCUGUGUGCUUUCUUCUGCCCAUAGACUAAACCAAGUAGAUUUCCUAGCUGUGAUACUCUUUUUUUUUUAAUUUGAAUUUAUAUCCCGCCCUUCUCCGAAGACUCAGGGCGGCUUACACUGUGUUAAGCAAUAGUCUUCAUCCAUUUGUAUAUUAUAUACAAGGUCAACUUUUAUUGCCCCCAACAAUCUGGGUCCACAUUUUACCUACCUUAUAAAGGAUGGAAGGCUGAGUCAACCUUGGGCCUGGUGGGACUUGAACUUGCAGUAAUUGCAGGCAGCUGCUGUUAAUAACAGACAGACUUAGUCUGCUGAGCCACCAGAGGCCCUUCAUCUGAUGCAGAAUCCUAAGCCCACGGAGAGAUAUUGGCAGAUAGUUGCUCUUCAACUCUCAGUGUUUCACAGUUGUCCUUGACUUAUCAACCGUCCGUUUAGUGAACAAAGUUAGAGCAGCAACUGAAAAAAAAAAUUGACUUGACACCAGUUGUCACAUGAUCGUUCCAGCAUUCCUCCAUGAUCAAAAUUCACAUCCUUAGCCACAAACAUGUAUUUAUGACAGUUGAAGUAUCCCGGGAUCAUGGGAUCACCUUUUGCGAUGUUCUGACCAUGGGGAAACCAGAUCCAAUUAACCGCCUUGUUAGCUAACUUAACAACUGCAGUGAUCCACUUAACAACGCUGGCAGGAAAUGGAGCGACUGUUGUGGCCCGCGGAGCUGGCAGCAGAUUCGAACAGUGAGGAGGUUGUGGAGGAACAUGGGCCAGUCCUGGAGUCUGGGGAAGGCUCUGACAAGGGCUCUGUGUCAGAGGCAGAGAGGGGGCCAGGGUCCUAUGACAGGUAUCAACUGCCUUCGGAGUCAGACAUCAGUGAGGCAGACGAACAGCUGGAGCCUGUUCCCAGUUGUGCGCAUGCGCAGAGUUGCCAGACGAAGGGAACAGCUAAGGAACAAGGGUCAACUUGGGGGGUAAGGCCACAGGUGGAUGAUGAAGGGCCCCUCCCAGAGGGAAUAAAAGGAGCUACAGGGGAGUGGAGUUUGCAGGAGACAAUUAGUCUAUUUCUGCAUUCUUGCCAAAUAUUGCUGGGGCUGAAAGAUAUCGGCCUGGCCGCUCUCCAAGCCUGAUAAAGGUCAGUAUUUGUGAACUAUCUUGAAAGACUGUGGGAGAGGAAAGACUUUGCUGGAGAGGAAUUCACCGUAAAAUUAAAAGGGGUUUAUCGGGACAAGGACUCGGCUUUGUGCUGCUGGGGAAGCCUAGGUCAGAACAGUGACGUUCUCUUAACUGUCUUGUUUAGCAAUGAAAAGGUUGAGCUCCGUCAUAGUUGUAAAUUGAACCCGGAACUUCAAAACCUAUGCCAUUUAAUCAUGCUUGCCUCCUGAGCCAGACAAGUUUAGUCAGCUCAAGGCCAUUGUUCAGACGCCCUACCCUUGGGCACCUACCGUUCAGGAAGUCUGCGAUAAUUUAAACCCAGACAGCACAAAGGCAUGCAAAUAGAUGACGGAGCCAGGGCGAGGGGGGGGGGGAGUUAUUUAUUCAGCCAAGUCCACCAGGUGAUCAAUAGCUUCAGAAGGUCCUCCAAGCUUCAGCCAAGCUUUCUUGAACCAGAAAAGCUUUUCAACGGGACUGUUGAAUGGACAGGAAUCUGCUUCUUCCACCAUGGAAUGUCAGGCUAAUUUCGGAGAACUUUUAUCCUCGCUUAACAUGGCAGCCAAGCCCAAAUAUUUCAGACAGUAUUCAGUAUGAAGUGGAGAGGAGAAACAGUAACCAAACUUUUCCUAAGUGGAUCAAAAAGGCAUCGUGUAAGGGAAAUAAUAAAAAUGAGACUCAGAGCUGCCAGCUUCACCUGCCACAACUUUUCAGCAUUUACCAUGCCAGGGUGCGAGCCCGAGACGGAUCCAUGCUUUCCAAAUGGACCAGGUCAAAUGAGUUGCAACCCUACAAACACACUGUCAUUGGUCCCCUCGUUCUUUCUCUGGCUACAGCAGAAGAUACUCUUAGUGUGUCGAUUUCUUUGCCUCCAACUCCACUGAAGAAAAAGGACUUUUCUAUGAUCUUUUCUCUCUUGCAAGUCCUGCUCACCCUCCGGGGAGAAGAUGGAGACACCCAAAGAGUUUAUUUCCCCAAGAGGGCUAAGGAACCCACAAUGAGUUUGGAGAACACCUUUGACAACAUGAAGCCAAAUGCCAACUAUUGUGUUGAAGCGGAAGUGGUCAGCCAUUCAGCCAAGAAGGCUACACAAUGUAUCCUAACGCCAGGAAGUUCACCAAGUAACUACUGGAGUAUUUUUGUUGUUGCCGUUGUGGCACUGUUCGGGGUCAUCAUGUUGUCUCUGAUUGGGAUAGCUUUCCUUAAAUCCUACCUCUACACAGGUUCUAAAGGAGUGGACAUCCCCAAGUCACUGAUAUUUCUACACAAGUUUCCUGUUUCAAGAUCCGUCUUUCAUUUAGAAGAUGGCCCCAGCAUUUCUCUGUUUGUGGUGGACUGGCCCCAUAAUCAUAGCUCUCCAACAGAACAAAAAAAUUGCCAGAAAGAUUUCACACCAGGUAGUUGCAGGGCCCAGAGCGUAAGUCUCUACUGCAACAAUGGCUUUGUCCAAGGCAACCGAAGCAACAAAGAUGUCAUCUUUUCAUUCUUCCCCCUUGAGGACUCUUGCUCAAUAACGGGACUGGUGAGAGAUGAAGAGCCGAGAGAUAAAAGCUGUAGAACUGCUCCUGAGCACCUGGAAUCUUCAGACAUACAAAUGCUCCGAUUCAAUCCAAGCGCUUGUGAUACCCAUGGAACAUUACAACACCUAUCCAGGAGCUACCACUGAAGGGGUUAAAACAUAGCUUGCACACGAAGAACCCAGUGUUGUGACCCAGGCCCAAGUAGUUAUUACCAGAUACAAUCAGCCCUAAACAAACGUAUUUUAUUAGAACAGUUGAGAAUUAUUUCAUUCUCAGCUUAGUCCGAAUUAAGUCCAAAACAAAGUCCUUCAGAAAAAGUCCUUCAGCCUUAUCACCAACUUUUAUCUUCUCUGGCAAAGGCUUUUCUUGGCAAGAACCCCAUGAAGUUCAGAAACAGGAGAUGCUGACAAGAAACAAUUGUAGCAACGUUGCUUUCCUAUAAAGAACCCAAGAGUCGUUGCUGCUCUUUUAAGCCUUAUGGCCAAUCAUCUCCUGGCUUUACUCCUAAGUCAUCUUUUUUGCUUUAGCUGCUCUUGCCUUCUGGCAGCUCUUUGCAUGCGCGCACUAGGAACAGGCUCCUCCUGUUCCUCUGCGUCUCUGCUGUCUGUCUCUGGAGGCUCCGAAUUCGAAAGCACGUAAAAAAUGCAAGUAGAAAAAUAGGAACCACCUUUGGUGGGAAGGUAACAGCGUUCUGUGUGCCUUUGGCAUUUAGUCAUGCUGGCUAUAGGACACGGAAUUGUCAUCAGACAGCACUGGCUCUUUGGCUUUGAAAUGAUGAGCACCGCCCCCUAGAAUUGGGAACGACUAGCACAUAUGUGCGAGCGGAACCUUUCCCUUUACUUAAGUUUUAUUUAAACAAUUACUUCAAUGUCUUUACGCCUUUGGAUAAUGCUGUAUCUCAAAAUAUAUAGUUGUUUAUGAUGUCAACUGAGAGAGGCUGGAGAAAUCUGUUGUGGGUAAGACAUAAACAGUCUUGGUUGAAAGGCAAUGGCAAAAAAAGAGAUUUCAAGACUCAUUGGGAUACCUGUAUGGCAGCAAAAGGGAAUACAUCCACUGGAAUUUGAGAGUAAUGGGGCUAAUAAACCAAGAAGCUUUGGUUUCCUCUGCCCAUCAGACCGAUGAUUAUGGGCACUAGCUUGGGGAAGGUUCCUGUCUGAAGUUGAGUGGGGUCAGAGCUCAGUAGCAUGGGGAUUUUUCCUACAGCUUGGCCAGCAUAAAGCU